CAGUAUAUAAGUCUAAGUGCUAUUGCUGUUAAGGAAUUGAAGUAAAAACAAGAGGCACUACAUUGAGAAUAGUCAGUUAAAUUGACUUCACUUUCUGCAAAAAGCAGCUCAGGAAGGACCAUUCCAAACAGUAACCUGUAGAAGUACAACACCUGUUUGUUUGAAUGUAAAAUGACCAUCUAAAAAAAGUUCUGGGAAGAUAUCUGAUCAGGAUUUGUUCAUUUAUACCUUGGAGUUGAUAUUGCAUUAAAAACAAUGCUUACGUUAGAGGGUGGAUUAAGUAUUUAGCAAGAAAUAAUAUAUAUAUUUUUUUAAUUAUAGGCUCUAUGGUAGGAAUCCGACUUCCUGGCCCUUCUAAGCUUCCUGAAAUAGCUGCAUGUCAAGCUUCUGUUGUUCCAUCGGUGACCUCCACUACUACAACUUCAAUUCUGUCUACAUCUCCUUCAGUUUUGCCUGAAUUCUCAACUGCAGAGAACGUUUCUGUUUUAUCUGGGACAUCAAGCACAACCACUGCACUAUUAUCACAAACUCCAUCCCCCGAGUCCUCUUUAGUACUGUCCAUGUCCUCUAAUGCUUUAUCUUUAUCCCCCUCUGCUGAAACAUCUUCACUUUUGUCCAUGACCUCUUCUACUGAUGUUCCUUUGUUGCCCACAACCUCUUCUACUACACUUGUACCUUCUAGAGCUGCAAUUUCAUCAUCCCUACCCUAUUCUACGCCUGUUUCACCUACCAAUAAGUCCCCUUCAAUAUUCACAAUGUCACCUAACAGUACUAAUUCUUCGUUGCCCGUGCCUCCUUCUAUUAUGUCUUCUAUCAUUGAGGACACUUCUGCUGAUUCGGAAUCCCCUGUCACAAAUUGGACAUUACAAGACAUUAGAACUACAGCUGUGCAUUGUGCUACAGUAACUCAAGUAACACCUGUUAAUUCUUCAGGUUCUGUGUCCCCAGUUGGUACUUUGACUCUGAGAAUUUCUCCUUCUGGAGUAAAAAGCAAUUCCGAUCAAACAGAUUCUCAGUUUAAAAUAAAGUGUAAUGCCAGUGGGCUACCAAGCAAUAUAAAUAAUCUAAUAUCUCUACAGUCAGGCAGUUUUGCUUUACUUCAGUUUCCAGGGCAGAAGAAUGAUUCAAGUUCCAUUGCAAAGAAAGCUGCAUCUCUUGAGAUUAAAAUUUCACAUAAGAAAAAUGAGCUCAGUGCCAAUAAGUUAGAAGAAGAUUCAGUAUGUUCACAAACAGCAGAAAUUACUGACUCAGAAAUUAGUAAAUUAAAAGAAAACAAACUACCACUUCAUAAUCCAGACUUGCAUUCCGAAGAAAUAACAUGUAACAGGAAUACAUCAGAAAUAAUUGAAAAGGAUGCUGAAAUGUUGAAGUUACCAAGUUUUUCUCACAUGUUACAGGCUAAUAUACAAUCAGACCACUCCUAUACCAGCGAGAAGCAAAAAUGUGAAGAAGGUGAAGCACUGAUUAAGAAAAAAAAUCAAGACAAAGAUGAUGAACACCCCCUAGAUAAAAUUUCAUAUCCUGAUGAAAAAUGUAAUGAAGUUGCAGUUCUUGCCCAUGAUGUAUUACAAGAAAGGUCAACACAAAAUCCAAUUACUGAAUCAAAAAGAGCUGAACAAAAACCAUUAGAUACAAAAACAGAAUUGAUUACUGAACAAUCCUGGGGGAAACCAGGGAAACCAGCUCUGUCCCCCAAAACCCUAAUUAAUACUGAAGAGCUGCAAACAAAGUCUAAACCAUCUCUAAAUCCAUGGAAAAAUGAAGAUCCAGAAUUGCCAAGACAGAACAUGAAGGAAAAGUGUGACUUUGUGGCUAAAGAAAAGGAUAAAGAAAAAGUAAGUGAGAAGGUCAAGAUCAAUAUUGGAAAAAAUAAAAAUAACAUCUUAAGAAAUGAAUACCUGGAUAGUACUCACAAAGAUUUAUAUGAAAAAGAUACUGAUUUUCAAAGUAGCCGUAACUUUUCUAGUUAUGAAAAAAGUAUUAAAGAUACACAAGAAGAUAAUCAAAAUAGGAAUGAUGAGCACAAAAUUAGUAAAACUUGUGGCAAAAUAUCCAGACCAUCCUUAGUUGUACAAAAUAAAAUCAACGUGGAUGCUGAUGAACUUGCCGAGAAAUUAAGAAAAACCUCAAAACAAAGUACAUGGAAAAUCAAGAGUCACCCAAAAAAAUCCUCGCCUCUUAUUGAUAUUACCCGGGAUAAUACAGAAAAAGAUGAAAAAGCAGAAGAAUCUGCAAAUGAGAGGGUUGAUGAGGCAUUUGGAUAUCAAAGUGAGGAUGCAGUAAACAUUGAAGUAUUGAAUGGAAGUGAAUCCAGUGAAGUUGAGGAGAAUGUGGACAUUGAGACUGUGGAGGAAUUUUCAGAAAAAGUUAAUCUUGCUCGCUUGAAGGCUACAGCUGCUCAUGCUUUGUUGUCCAAACAGUUGCACUUGGUUCAUAACCAUUCUAAUAAGACUACCAAGCGACAUAAGCAAUCUGAGUUUCUCAACAAAAAGCUAAAGAAUGAGGAGCAGUCCUUUGCUAACUAUCGGCAAACACAUACAGCAAACGAACGUCGACGUCGAAAAGAAAUGAGAGGACUCUUUGAAAAAUUGAAAGCAACAUUAGGACUUCAGGCUUUUCCAAAGGUUUCCAAAUGCUUCAUUUUAAAACAAGCCUUGGAAGAGAUCCAGGGUCUGACAGAUCAAGCAGACAAACUCACAGGACAAAAGAACUUACUGUUGCACACGCAGGAUACCUUGGUUCGUAAAGUAUCUGCACUUUCAGGAAAGACACAAGAAGUGGUCUUGAAGAAGUUAGAAUAUAUUUAUGCCAAACAGAAAGCAGUAGCGGCUCAAAAAGGGAAGCAGAAAGAACAAACAGAUCCUACGAAGAUGAUUGAAACUACACAGACUGCUAGUCCUUCAGUGGAAAAAGAUCCUACUUCUGUCCUUGGAGAAGUGAAGCCAAUGGUCUUAUCCAAUCAACGUACAAAACCAUUGAUACUUUCCAAGAAAGGAAAUGUCACAGGAGACCUCCCUCCCUCUAUAACAUUAACCAAUGCCAACCUUUUAGUAACUACAAAUGGCCAGGUUCUGGCAUUCAGAAGCUCAUUGGUGCCAAGACAGGUUGCUGCCCUGCCUACCACACUACUAGAAGGCAAAGUUAAAUCAGAAAUGGAGGGCAAUGAUGAGAAAGAGCAGUCAGCAGAAAAUGAAGAUUCAUUCUUGAUGCCAAGAAUCGUGAAUGUGACAUCACUAGCUACUGAAGAAGAAACGAAUUUAAAUCUGGAUGCAAAUAAAGGGCCUUAUACAAUGCUAAAUACUGAUUCUAAAGCAUCUGAGCUUUCCAUGCAAGUUUUAUCUCAGGAAACAUCCAAUCAUAAAUGCAAAGAAAACAAAGGAGGUUCUGAAAAAGAGAGAAAUGCUACUAGAACAACACAAGAUCUGCUUGAGAAAAAAUAUAGUUUUCCACAAAUAGUAAACGUCUCCAGUUUAAAGGGCUCCCCAGAAACAUUUGGAACAAAGCUCUGCUUUGAAGAAUUAACUGGAAGCCAGACAUGGGCCAAAGAGGUAGAUGGAGGAGGAGAAGAUUGUCAAAAGUCGAAGAAUCCCUCAUUGCAAAAGCUACAGAUUAACAAAGCCAAGGUCUCUGGGUCAAAAAUGGAACCGCAGCAAGUUGCUUCCAUAAUUCAUGAACCAACAAUGGAUACAAGCAGUUCAGUAGAUUUAGAAGAGGAUGAUGAUACAGAUGAAACUCUGACCUCACUUCUGAAUGAAAUUGCAUUCCUCAAUCAGCAACUGAAUGAUGAUAUUUCAGACAUACCAGAACUCUCCAACCCCCUAAGUUCUGGCUUUUCUCUAGCAGAUACAGAAAGUCGCCAGGAAUCAAAUUCAGCAAGUAGCUCUGCCUUCCAAUUUGGUACAGUGGGUGGGAAUUUUAAAGAUCUUUCUAUGAUUCAAGACAAUGGUGAUUCCAUAACUCCCCUCCUACUUCACUUGGAUGAUGACGACUUUCCUGUUGGCAAUAGAAGUGCCAGAGAGGUUUCAUCACAAUCUGAUGCUUUAAAAAUCAUGCUAGGUUCUGAAGUCAAGGAUAGAAAUUCCAACUUGUUAAAAAUAAACGGAAGUGGAAAAAACAUGGAAUCCUCCACAAAGACAAGAAGUGUUUCACCUCCCGUUCUUUAUAUGAAAACUAAUUUAGAAGCUGGCGCAUCGGACAUGUCAUGGAGGCCUAUGCCCAAAUUGGCACCACUGGGGUUAAAAACUGCUAAUCAGUCAUUAGAUUCGGAAGGACAAAGUACUAAAGUGAUGCCUGCACUGGCACCUGUUGCUUCAAAAGAGAAGAAAUUGGCACAGUCAGCAAUUAAUCCCAGUCAGGAUUCUAAAGCAACAAACACAAAAGCAACUGCAGUGACAAAAUCAAAUUAAUUAUUGUGGCUUUAACUUCAGAUUUUAAUAUUUUCUUUCUGACUUUUGAGGCUUAAUGUAGAUGUAGAAUACACAUGUGCAUUUGGCUGCUUGCAUUACAUUGUCAGAUAUUGUAAAAAGUAUGCAUGUAAUUUAUGAAAACAGUUUUAUACUAGAGGUUAAGAAGUCAAAAAAUUAAGAGACUAAUCAGGUAGAUAAAUAAUGCAAAUACUUCAUUUAUCUGUUAUUUUGGUAGAACUCUUGUAAAAUACGUUGAGGCUCUUGAACAAUUACAUGUUUGAGAACGUUCAUUCUGGGAAGAAAAAAAUGCAGAACUAAGUUAUUGUCUUCAUAAUAACUAAUGUAGUGAGAAUUUUAACUGCUUUGCUUAAGCUCCAGUGGAGUUGCUUUUAAUUCGCAGGAAAGGUGUCAUGGUUAUUUCCUUUGUAUGACAUUGCCAUAGAAUAUCUUUUUUUAAAGUAUUUUUAAAAAUCAGGAAUAUAAGUGAUUUGUAUAAAUAUAUGUGUUCAGGAACUCAGAUUAAAGCAUUUCAGCAACAAAGUAUUUUCUGUAAUACAAUGUUGUUUAAUUUUUGGGGUUUCCUGUAAAGCAAGUGAAGUGAGAUUUCAUACUGUAAAAUGAUUUAUAUUUUUGUAUACAGAUUUUUGUAAGUAUGUACAAUAAUGACAUUUUUCAUCUAGGAAAAGAUAUUAAAUGUUUCCAAAUGAUUGUAAAUGAUACAUUUUUCACUAAGUGUGAAGCAUUUGAGUGCUUUGAACAAGUUGUUAUAGGAAACCUUAAAACUUAUGCAUUUUCGAUAAAUUCAAUAAGGAAGGUAAUGUUUCUUAUUACCCCAACAUACAGUAUUAAAGCUGUCUUCAUUUAUUAAUAUUUGAAGCUUCCUUAUCACGUGGAUUGAAUUAACUGUUGAGAGUCAGCUUUCUAUAUAAGCAAUGAGCAAUUCCGAUGUGCUUAUAGCACGAAGGUUUACAUGUAACAAACAGACAUGAGUCAGAAUUACUUCUGGUGGGUAUUCCUCAGCUUUUAAAAAUAUAUGCAGACGGAGUUAAAUGAAAAAAGUUAAACUCUUUUUCUUUUUCAGAGAUUUUUACAGAAAUAGCAAUGCUGUGUUCAUCUGCACUGGCUGUUAAAUCUUCAGACAGUUAACAGAAUUACAGGUUUAGUUUUUCCUUAAAUCAAUGCUAUUGAUUUAAAAGCUUUAUAAUAACAGAAAGGAAAAGUUGUCAAAGUAUUAAGCAGUGUGGAUUAUACAAUUUGUUCUUUGUUGCUGACAUAUUCCCUUAUGCUAUUUUUCAGUUUAUUAUAAGGUUUUCUUAUGUUUCUUGAUUCACUGUGUUCAUUCAGUGCCUUAGGACAUGAAAAGAACUUUUGGACAUCACAAUUUAAUUAAAAUCUGAGUGACCUGUUUUUUUAAGGCUCAGACUCCAAUGUAACACAAGCCUUUUAAGUGUUUUGUCUGGAUGUGCAACUGAAAAUGUGGUUUCUCUGAGAGCCUAUGUUCCACAGACAUCAGCAGAUGUGUGAACAUCAACACUGAUGGGAUCCUUGGAUGUAGAGUGGCAAAUCAAGGCAGCUCUUAUGAGUACAUCAACACUUUGUUGUUAGGAUUUCUGACUGUAUGAAAUCCUGCACUCGGACAUCUUGCUUGUUCAAGUAAAAAAGCCUGAACAAGACUUGUGGCAAUUUGCUUACCAAUAUUAAAUAAACAUAAAACAAAUUACGCCCACCCUUUAUUUUGUGAAACCACCAUUACACUACAAAUUUGAAUAAAACAUAGCAUUAUCAUUACACUAUAAAUUUGAAUAAAACAUAGCAUUAUUUUUUUCAUUUUUUGCUUAUUCCUUUUUCCUAGUAUUUGCUUGUUUUCUGAGCUAUAGAAACUUUAAAAAAAAAAACCUACCCUUCCACAUUUCACUUUAGAACAAAUUAUAUCAUAAUAACAUUACAAUUGUGGUCAUUUGGCCUCUUGCCUAAACAUGACUAUUUUAAAGAUGCAGUGCAUCAUAAUGUAAAUAGGCAGUAAAAGAUUUCAGGAAAACUAUAUAAAUAUGAUAACAGAACUCAAAAAUUCCAAUACCCAAUCAUCUCUUUUAAUAAUUUUUGUCUGCAUUUCAGUGCUUAAAUCAAAAGUUUUUAAAAAAUAAUAGUACCUCCUACACUAUUCCCUAUGUAUUUCAAAAGUAGCCUUGAUAACAAUUAUGUAUAGUUUUUUAGGAAUAAUGCAAUAUUGAAUUUUAUAAGUAUUUUUUAAUCAAUACUUGACAAUUGAUUCAUUUCAUUUUAAGCAAGCUUGUAAAAUUGAUUUUUAAUUCAUCUGUAAAUGACUGAAAUGUUUUUAGUAAAACAAUGUUAGAUUUUGUUUUUAUGAUACUUCUUUUUCUGUAUUUACUAAAAACUGUAUUUUUGUAGUUAUCAAACCAUAAAGCCUGUCUGAAUAACUGAGAGGAGAAUCUGUGUAAUUAAAAUAAUCUCUAACUAGAAAA